GGUAUUGCACCAGCUAACCGAUCAUAAGGACCGGCCUACCGUCACAUUUCCGAAAUGGAUUCGGUGUGGAAUCGAGUAAACAGAUCCACGAGCGGCCAGUGAGGCGCGUGACCAUUAACGCUCGUUGGUUCCGUAAAGGCGCGCGCGCGCGUCAGCUCGCGUUGGCUCGUGUACGUAUGCGCGUGCGUGGGAGCGUUUAUGUCCGAGCGCACGUGCGAGAGCGCGCGCGUACGUGCAUAUGUGGUGGGCGCUUGAGCGGCGACAGAGCAAGCAGGGCAACGCCAGAGCAGAGCGAAGAAGGCAGCCCGCCAGCGCUCGGCUAGCAACCAACCGCACGUUCCACGGCGAGACAUGAUCGCUUCCACACCCGGAAUCCUUCUGCUACCGCUGCUAAUAUGCCUCCAGCACUGCGCGGGCGUUCGCGGAACAAAAACAGAAUGUGUGGCCAACCAGUUUCAAUGUGCCAAUGGUCGUUGCAUCCCGUCUGUUUGGAAGUGUGAUGGCGACGAGGACUGCAGCGAUGGCAGUGACGAAAGGUCAUGUGUCAAGAAGGUUUGUCCAGACUCGGACUUUGUAUGUCGUAAUGGCCAGUGUGUUCCAAAGAGGUGGCAGUGCGAUGGAGAGCCAGACUGCGAGGACGGGUCGGACGAAACUGUGGAAAUUUGCCAUAUGCGGACUUGCCGUCUGAAUGAGUUUAGUUGCGGCGCCGGUUCCACUCAGUGCAUCUCCAACUUCUGGACUUGUGAUGGCGAAAAGGACUGUGACAAUGGAGAGGAUGAGCUCAACUGCGGUAACGUCACCUGUGCUCCAAAUGAGUUCACCUGCGCCAGUGAACGCUGCGUCUCCCGAAACUUUGUCUGCAAUGGCGAGGACGACUGCGGCGAUGGCUCCGACGAGGUGGAGUGCGUGCCUUCUUCCUGUGGCCCGAGUCAAUUCCAAUGUGGAAAUUCAUCGUGCAUCCCCGAUAGUUGGGUGUGUGAUGAGGAUGUCGACUGCCAGGAUCAGUCUGAUGAGUCGCCGUCACGUUGCGGUCACCACCCAACCCCACGAGCCAAAUGCUUCACCUGGGAGAUGCAAUGCCUUUCGGGACAGUGUAUUGACAAAAUGAGGAGGUGUGACGGAGACCCAGACUGCAAAGAUGGCAGCGAUGAACAAAACUGCCCUGUACGCAGUUGUGGAGCAGAUCAGUUCAAAUGUGAUGACGGCAACUGUAUCCCGGGCAGCAAACAGUGCAACGACAUCCGAGAGUGUCAUGAUGGAUCAGACGAGCUUAACUGUAAAAACCAGACUCACUGUCAUGGACCCGAGAGGUUCAAAUGUCGCAGCGGGGAAUGCGUCGAGAUGAGCAAAGUGUGCAACAAGAAUCGAGACUGUCCGGACUGGAGUGACGAACCAAUCAACGAAUGUGAUGUCAACGAGUGCCUGAUGAACAACGGGGGCUGCUCGCACCUCUGCAAAGACAUGACAAUUGGCUUUGAGUGUGACUGCACGCCGGGCCUGCAGCUCAUCGACCACAGAACCUGCGGAGAUAUCAAUGAGUGUCUGAACCCGGGCAUCUGCAGUCAGAUCUGCAUCAACCUGAAGGGAGGAUACAAAUGCGAGUGCCACAACGGCUACCAAAUGGACCCCACUACAGGAGUCUGUAAGGCUGUAGGGAAGGAGCCCAGUCUGAUUUUUACCAAUCGCCGGGAUGUCCGUCGUCUGGGCCUUGAGAGGAAGGAGUACACUCAGAUUUUGGAGCAGCAGAGGAACACCGUGGCGCUGGAUGCGGAUUUUGACCAGCAGUUGAUGUUUUGGGCCGACUUAGGACAGAAGGCCAUAUUCAGCACCGUGCUGGACAAACGAGGCGACGUCAGCACCCACAACAAAGUGAUCGAAAACGUCCACUCUCCCGUUGGAAUCGCCGUAGACUGGAUAUACAAGAACCUGUACUGGUCCGAUCUUGGCACCAAAACCAUUUCUGUCGCAAACUUUAAUGGAACCAAGCAGAAGAUUCUCUUUAGUCGUGGCCUGAAGGAACCAGCUUCCAUCGCAGUGGAUCCUCUGUCUGGGUUUCUGUACUGGUCUGACUGGGGUGUGCCAGCCAAGAUCGAGAAGUCUGGUAUGAACGGAGUCAAUCGGCAGAUUCUGGUGGCGACGGACAUCCAGUGGCCAAAUGGGAUAACCCUCGAUCUGAUCAAAGGCAGGUUGUACUGGGUCGAUUCCAAGCUUCACAUGCUGUGCAGUGUCGACCUGAAUGGUGACAACAGGAACAAAGUGCUCCAAUCUUCAGACUACCUUGCUCAUCCUUUUGCUUUGACUGUGUUUGAGGAUCGUGUCUUCUGGACAGACGGCGAGAAGAAAGCAAUCUACGGAGCUAACAAAUUCACCGGCUCGGACAUUGUGACCCUAGCCAACAACCUGAAUGAUCCACAGGACAUCAUCGUGUAUCAUGAGCUCAUUCAACUUUCUGGAACUAAUUGGUGUGCAGAGAAAGGUGCGAAUGGAGGCUGCAGCUUCAUGUGUCUGCCUGCACCCCAAAUCAACAAACAUUCCCCCAAAUUCACUUGCCUGUGUCCGGGAGGGCAGGAAGUGACUGCUGACGGGCUACGCUGCGGGCCGGAAGCCAACGUGAGUACGUCAGUUCAGGUGAACGCAGCCAGAGGUUCUGCAGCGGCUUGGGCCAUCCUACCCGUCUUGGUGCUCGCCAUGGCGGCAGCCGGCGCCUAUUUGAUGUGGAGGAACUGGACGUUGAAGAACCAGAAAAGCAUGAACUUUGACAACCCCGUCUACCUGAAGACCACCGAAGAAGACCUCAACAUCGACAUCACACGGCACAGUGCCAAUGUGGGCCACACAUACCCAGCGAUUUCAAUUGUGAGCACAGAAGAUGAUCUCUCAUGACCACGUCGGUGUCCCAUUCCCCCCCCCCACCCCUUUUUUUGUUAAUUAACGGCACUCAUGGCAGAGCCUGUCAUCUUCUUGUUCCAUCAGCAACGUCAGCAGCGCUCACAGUUACAUGACAUGCCUCCUGAAGUGCAUUCAAUCAUGAUCAGUGGUGACAGGAACUGAAAGAAAUGUUAUUUAUUUUGUAAAUACUACUUUGGAUUGUGUCGUUUUGUUUGCAUCGCCCCGCUUUUCCAACUUUGCUGCCCUUGCCCUGAAAGCAAUUUCAGUAUUGUUUUUUUUCUCCACCUUUCACCCCUCCUCCAAAAAAAAAAGAGGUGAGAAAUUCCCAACAACGUACGAGUCGGUAGCCUCUUGCUGAGCUGUUUGUGGGAUCUUGAAAUCAUACUGGAGGGCUUCAGUCCCGCUCUCACCAAACGGAUCUCGAGUCUGCUGGACAGGUUUUCCAACUAGAUCUGAACCACAACUUGCCUUUUUUUAAACCUAAAUGCUAUGCUGUCAUCUAUGGUCAUGUAUUCGGUAAAAUGAUUUCAUUUUUGCAAGACGUUGUGUUCUGAAUCUUUAAUAUUAUUAUUAUUAUUAUUAUUGAUAGCAGGUUUUCCGUAGUUUUAAGCACUGUACAUAUUUAGCCAUCCUCUCAGACUAUCAAUCAGGAUUCUGUUCAAUGCACUUUGAAAAGAUUUGUGUAAAUAAGAUUGUAUACGUUUGACCUGAGAGCUCUUUUGCUCUGGUCGGCCAUUGUACCGGGGUUGGGGGUUCAAAUGUACAAAAAGAGAAGCAACACGAUUUGGUAAAACUAUUUUGUAUGUUUGCUGUGGCCGUGGCUCUUUUCUAGCCUUGUACAGUUGUUUAAACAUUUCAAAAGCUCUGUAUACAGUAUGUGUGUGGAGGGAGGGGUGAUUUGCAAAACGAUUAAAUUAAAACUCUAAUCCAGAGAAUUGUUCCAA